AUGAGAGCCGACCUGGAGGCCAUGCGCGGCCAGCAGCACGCCACCAACCAGCUCACCUCCGUGCUCAAGCUCACCACAACCCCCACCAUCUCAUCCGCCACCUUAACCGUAACCCCUCCACCUUUGCCAACGUCGUCUACCAUGUGGCCGUCGCGAGCAUUGCUGGAGGCCAUGCGCGAGCUUCCCUUCCUGCACGACUACCCCAGCCUGGCCGGCUUCGCCAUUCCUGACUUUAGGCACGCAACUCUCGUUAAGGUGGCGGCUGACAAAUACCCGGUGCUGGCGUGCGUGUACCCGGGCAACACUAUAUUCGACCCAGUCCCGCCCACCAUCCUGUUCGCCAACGCGGCCAUGUGUCGGCUAUCAGGCUACACUUUCAGGGAAUUGGUUGGCGCUCUGGUCACGAAGGUCGUCGUGAUGCAAGAAUCCGCGCGACUAAAGAUGGGACCCUUUCUCUCCAACAAAGAUCCGUUGUCGUUGAGUCCCGUGUACAGCUUCAACACCCUCAUACGCUCCAGAAGCGGACGUCUGUGGCGCACCUUGGCCGACAGCACCCAAUUCUUCUUCGGCCAAAACGGAACCCCGAAGCACAUCGUGGUCAACCUGACGCAGUGGGAAGAGGGUCACCUGCGCGAGGGGGAACUUCCGCUCGACCUGGACCGCCUCGCCUUCGCCCGCGCCCACGGCCGCUGCGGCCGACGAGCCACCUGCUCCACCAACGCUAGCGCCGGAGAUACCCACAAGCUGUGGCCGGCACUGCCGGCCAGGGCGAUCGCCGAUGAUGAUGAUGAUGCUAAUGGCGACGGCAGCUUCUCCUCCUCCUCGUCGUCAUCAUCAUCGUCCCGGUCUUCGAGUCCGCCUUCGCCGCCGACGGAGGAGAUGGCGCUGAUUCUGCAGCUUCUGGACUCUAGCUAUCUCUAA